CACUUUCCCCUCCUCUCGUCGUUGUUGUUUAACUUGUAAUUGUUGUGGUGUUUUAUGUACAAAGCAUAACGUAAAAGGCCACCUCUGUUCUCCACCGUUGCGGGUCAAUGGACCGCAAAGACAAUCAAUCUCCCCAUGAUGGGUCAGCUCGGAUUCUGGUAGAAUUCUUGGAAGUAGCUAUCACUUCAAUUGUUUUCCUCAAAGGCGUUUAUCCUUCCGGUGCAUUUGAAAGGAGGAGGUAUAUGAAUUUAGUGGUUCAGAGGGCUCGUCAUCCUGACCUCAGAGAUUAUAUCCAUUCUGCUGUUUUUGGACUUCUUCCUUUUAUUGAAAAGGGUCUUGUUGAAAGAGUAGCUGUUAUCUUCUUCAACACUGACAACAUCCCAGUGGAAAGAUUUAUGUUCAAGCUCGCGGUGAACCAGGCUUCUAGCUCAAAGGUGGAAGAUGCUGAUUUGGAGUUCUCCCUUAGGUCAUUUCUAAUGAAGCUCUCAGUCUCGGAACCACUUACAAAAGUUCUUUCUCACGAUUGCAGGUGGGAGAUCACUGGUUAUUUUCGAUCCCUUCCUGAGGCGAGUUCGAGUAAGACGUCGGAGUUAUGGAUCCCAACAGAUACAAAACAGUGGCAGCAACCUCCAUUAAUAACCCCGAUUAAGUCGAUGAGCAGCGAACCUCUCUGUGUGCAGCUGUACUUGGAACAUCCAAGUUUGAAUGAACCGAAGCCUUGACAGUGUCUGCAAUAAAUUUCAGUUUUCUCGUUGCCUUGAUUUCAUUCGAUAUAUAAGUGCAUUAUCAAUUUAUUUAUUGAAGUCUGGGAAAAAUGUACAUACUAUUACUGAUUUUAGUCUUUUACCAUGCGUUGUAGAUGUGGAACUGCCAUUUCUGGACGCUUAUCUCAAAUCAUUUGAUUUCACGCGUGCUUGUGAAGUAUAACUAUAUAUAGAGCGGAAAAAUAGCAUUCAUAACCAUUUAUGACAACCAUGUUGUGCACCGACGGAAGAAGCCCCCGAGAGGAGUUGUGGUUUUGUAGAAGAGCUGAAAGAAAUCCUCAUUGCCAUUGUUCAAAUCCAUGAUCAAACUGUCUUUAUGAGGGACCUUUAAAAUUGGCAGAAGACAAGGAUUUCAACUAUUGCAUUUUAGCUAGAAUAGGGUGGUUGUGAAGAGUAUCAACAUUUUAUACAUGUAUUACUGUGUAGAAUAUGCCAUUUUUGUACAUUUAUUUGUCUCUAUUCUUUUCCUACGGCAUUGUAAAUGGUAUACUCUGAUACGUUAUAGAUAAUAGAUAAACAAAACAUCAAGAAUUUAGAAAAAGAAAAGAAAAAGA